AUGAAUUUGUCUAGUGUAGACCAUGGCGCAUUAGGCAGGACGUAUCGGAUAACGCCGAUUCAACAGCCUGAACGGUCUGCCGCUUUCCAGGGGGCCUAUCUCUCUCGUUUACCACUUUCGCCGCCUUUGAUUAUCCAGCUUGACGUGUGGAAUGAGGCGGGCGAAUUGAUUAUACCGUACGAGGAACUCCCGUUCUUAGUGUGCAGUAUCUCGCUCGAGACGCCAUCCGGGUCGUCCGCCUCGCACAUCCAGGACCCGAAUUCAGGAGAAGUCGUUUCCUUAUUAUACGGGACACUGGUGACGACUCCUACCGAGAUGCUUGAUCAGUCUGGGGCGAUGGGUGUCUAUUUCGCCUUCCCAGAUGUUUCUGUGCGGGUCGAGGGAAACUUUCGUCUAAGUGUCAAUCUGCUGCGUAUUACAGGGCCAGCGCUGAUCGAAGGAAUGAAUAGUGGCAACGCUUUGCAUACUUGCUGCACCAAUUCAUUUGACAUAGUCCCCAGUCGAGACUACGUUGCACCACCCGUGACGGAUCUCACGAGACAUUUCGACGCACAAGGCUUGAUCCGCUUUGGCCUUCCUCGUGCCGAGUGGUAG